AUGAGCGAGGCGGGCGUGCGGAGGCUGUGCGCCGCCAACCUGCUCCGCGGCUGCUCCGUGCUGCUGGCGGCCACCGCGCCGCGCUUCUUCCUCGACGGCUUCUCCGUGCUGGGCACGCCGCUYACCUGGCUCUGCGCCUGCUCCGUGUCCGUCAGCGCCCUCAGCGUGGUGCUGAACGCGGCCCUCGGGCCGAGCCCGCCCCCGCGCAGAGGCUCCCUCGCCCAUAAGAUAUCCAGAUUUCUAAAAUGCUGUAUGUACUUUCUCAUGUCUUGUAUACUGUUUCAUGCGAUUGUUGUUCUUUAUGGAGCACCUCUCAUAGAGUCAGUGACUGAGACAUUUUUGUUUGCAGUUCUCCUWUCUACCUUUACUACUUUACAAUGCUUGUGUGUGCUGGGACCAAACAUUCAAGCAUGGAUACGGGUAUUUAGUAAAAAUGGAGCCAUGUCCAUCUGGGAUAACAACCUCCAGAUUACGACAGUGUGCAGCGUUCUAGGGGCCUGGUUUGGAGCAUUUCCUAUUCCUCUCGAUUGGGAUCGGCCUUGGCAGAUAGGGAAGAAAAGAUGGUUUCCUAGUGUUUUGGUCCCCUUUAUCUUCCAUGAAAGCACUAACCAGGAAUGCAUUUAAAAUGGAUUUAGUGUGAUUUGUAGUACAAAUCACAGCCUUGUACUAAGAACUUACCUCCUGGCUUCAAAGGAAGAGCUGACGAGGAUUAGCUCCAUGGUUCCGUAGUAAGAAAUGUGAAGCAGGCUUGGCAGAUUCUGUUUUUGUAAGUUCACUGUCCAUACUAGUCUGUUAUUUUUAUUGGCAUAAACCAAAUAUAACCACCAAAGUCUGUAAUUAGGGAAUAUAUAGAGUAUAAAAGAUUUUUUUUCCCCUCUGAAAACACUUGUUCUCAGUUUCACAAGAUGUUUCUCUCAUGUUCUUCUGAGGAAGGUGUCUGAUGGCACCAGUCUGUUGUUGAUGGAGAUUCCUGAAUAUCAUCCAAAAACGGAGUCAGUGCAAUGUGGCCUCAUAUAUUGAAAGUCUUCAUCUCUUGUCUCAAGGAGACACAGGCACCUCUUCAGUUAGGAUGUUAAAAUGUAAGGAUAUUAAAUGUUAGUAGACACUUCUGUUCUUCGAAGCUGCGGGGACUGUUCCCAGUCUCCUCCUUGAAGCCAGGCGACCAGAGAAACUCCUGGCAGAUUCUUUCACUAGAGCAAUGACAGGAGAGGCGCUUGACACUUGAGCUUAGGAGGAACGAGAACGGCUGGUUUGGGAAGAGUAUCUUGCAUGUGAUUAUCAGCGUCCUGGGUCCCUGAGUUACAGCAUAUAACACUGGAUAUAAAAAUACCAAUGUACCCCAGGCCAUUCAAAACAGGCCAUUCCAGCAGCACCCUAUCCUGAACGGGUCUGUAUCUCUGCUUGAUCAGGAUUUAGCAGAUGCUCUGUCAAAUCUAGGGUCUGAGUGUAGUGCCAUCCAGAGAGCGCUUCAUUCGGAAAGCCACUUCCAUGAAGUGACGGUUUUAUUCACAGAGAAGGCUUCAGCUGACCCUGGCGUGAAGCAGAGGAGGAGGCUGCAGGCGGGCAGGAAGGUGGGCGCCGGGCAUGCUUGGAAGUGCCCGUGCCACUCUGUGAGCCACCUGUUCCCUGCCCUGCCGGAGCUGAUGUGUAUAGCAGCGCUUCUCAUAUCACUUUGGGGAAAAAAGAGCACUUGAGGCCAGCAAUUUUUUUUGCUAUAUUGAUGCUAAAAUCUUUUCCCACGCUGAAGAACUGAAAAAUGACCAGGGAGUCAUUUCUUCACAUCGUGGUUGAGAUAUUAAUUCGUAGUACCAUUCAUAGUACCAUUCCUUGCGUCUGCCUGAUCAGAAAAUCAUAUUUCAGUUUGUCCACCUUAUCUUUCACAAUAAUUUACUGACACUUCAAAAUCAUACAGAGCGAGCAGGAUAGGA